AGAAGCUCUUUCUUUUCACUCCGGUGACUGAUUCAGAUUAAACACCUGAAUGAACCUACAGAGGUCAAGGUAACCACAAGGAACUGCCAAAAGUUCUCCUGGGUUCUGAUUGUUUGCAACAGAGACAGUUUCUAAGCGGCAAAAGAUUUGGGAAUCAUAUAAAAAGGACUUGAAACUUCCCGACGUGCUCGCCCUCAACACCCCAUCGUCUUGGAUUUUCAGGCUCUCUACAAAGAAGUCACGACACAAAGAAGAAAAUUAAUUUAAUUCCCUUGGUGGGGUGCGCCGGGCCAAUGCAGUAGUGCAACGCAGAGGCGACGCAUAGAAGCCCAAGACAGCAAGCUGCUUAGAUGGGCCUCUCCCCUAAAAAAGUAAAGUUAAUAUCGUGUGGGCCAAUGGCCCACAUAUCAGAUAUUAAACUGAUAAGAACAGAUACUACACUUGAUCUUAGCCAAAAGGCCGAGAAAGGUAUGCCUAAAUCGUUGGGCAGCCCACGAUUUUUAUACCAUCUUAAAGGAUCUCGUUUCCUCUACCUAAACGGUGUGGGAAAAACGCUAGAAUCAUUUACUACUUGCAAAGAACUGACAGGUAUCAUACCCUGCGCCGCCGCCGCCGCCGCCCAAUUCCCGGCCACAACCCCGAAACCCUACCUCUCAGUCCUCAAGCUCUUUUGCACACCGGAGACCGAUUCAGAGUUGAUGAAGAACGUAAGAUCCAAGCUUCAACCGAGACACAUUCACACCUUAGAUUGGAACGAGUGUGGUAGAGUAAUGCUUCAUCUUGCUCCAUUUCAAUAAAGACUAAACCUUCAAUUUUGGCCACGACAUCAUACCAGAUACCACUUGGCUACACAACCCCAGAACCACUCUUUCUUCAAGCUCUUCUGUUCAAGACUAAUUCAGGAGAACAAAUUUAGGCGGAUGGAGUAAUAAUUGCGGGUUCCAAGA